UCCUGGGGCGCCAUAAGCGUGCCGCCGCGUCGCGCCGCUAUGACGUCAUCCGCGCGACGCUGGCGCCAGCUUGGGUCCCCUCCCCCUUCGCCUACUCCCAGCAGGCCGCGCGACCCUAGAGGCGCAGCGUGGGGAACGGAUCCCGGUAAUGCCCCCCCGAUGGCCCCCCCAGCCCUGCCCCAACCCCGCUGCUGGAGGCAGGAAGUCCCCGCCCACAUGCCCUGGGCAGGGCGGGCCCCAGUGGUGGUGAGCUUCUCCGCCGCGGCACUUCCCCGACGACCCCCACCCCGCCCUGCUGCCCUGGCCUGCAAGCGGCGCCUCGAGAAGCAGGAGCUGGAGCCAACCCGGAAGCACUUCCUGUCGGAGGACAAGAUGGCUGCUCGCUUUGACACUCUCAGCCUUGACCACGACCACGCCUAUGGCAGCAACGGCUUCCCGUCCCGCUGGCCCCGCCCCCUGCCGCGUGGGCCCCAGGAUGCCACCCUGGAGGAGGAAGAGGAGACUGUGAUCCUAGACGGGGAGUUCCCCAUGGCCCUGUGAGUACCUACCUCCACC